GGUUGAAUAUAGCCUACCUACGCAAACAGUGGGGGAGCCUUGUACCAGUAAAAGUGAUGUGUCUGAGGAAAUGGAUGUUUCAGAAACGCAAAUGGGGGUGGUUUUAUCUGGCAGAAUGUGGAAAAUGGCAUAUGUUUGAGUCAAGUCCUUCUGAGUAUUGCUCAAUAACAAGUCAAGAGCUUGAACAGCGUUACAGAGAAAACCCUGAUGGCUCAGUAGAAUUUGCAACAGUGAAAUUCAACUAUCGUAUAGAUUUCACAGAAAUGUGUCAGACCAAUUUAUGCAGUGGCACAAAACGGCCAGUAAAGAGAGCCCCAUUUUCAAUCUCUGCAUUCAGUUAUAUCUGUGACAAUGGAUCGAUCCCAAUGCCAUCCCACUGGGAGCAUGUGAACAGCACCCAACCUUAUCAGCUCAUCCCCCUGCUCAAAGUAUGCAAUGAAUAUAAGGAAGUAGCUAACCUAUUUGGGCAGUCUAUGGACCAGAAUCGUAUCACAAAGAUUCUAAGAUUACAGAACCUGGAUCUGUGGGAAUUUUUCUGCAGGAAGAAAGCUCAAAUGAAAAAGAAGAAAGGAGUGCCUGUAAUUGCGGAGGAGAUGCUCUUUCAUGGUACAAGCAAUGAGUUCAUCAAUGCAAUAUGCAUUCAUAAUUUUGACUGGCGAUUAAACGGUAUACAUGGCACCGUUUAUGGAAAAGGUACAUACUUUGCAAAGCACGCCUCAUUAUCAAGCCAAUACUGUAAAAAACAGCAGCAAGCACAGUAUGACACUGGGGACUGCAUGGCGUGAACCCUUUCUUUUGCAACUCGUUUACAAACAAAUCCAUGUUCCUGGCCAGGGUCAUAGUUGGAGAUUACACCACAGGAAACAAGACGUAUAUCCGACCGCCCUCCAAGGAUGGGAGUCUCAUCAAUUUAUAUGACAGCUGCGUGGACAAUCCUUUUUCUCCGCUCCUUUAUGUCAUUUUUGACAGCAAUCAGAUCUACCCAGAGUACAUCAUACAGUUUGACUGA